CAGAAACCUGACAAAACAAAAAUCCAACACAAACCUACGGCUCUCAUUGAAACACACUUUCCCAUACUAAUUCUUUUGUAUGUCAAAAUUUUCCUCAAUUUAUUUAGUUUUCUUUCUCCUUCAAUUUUAGAUCACGUAUUUCAACUUUCUCACUCUAACCCAUUUUAUUAAAUUUACAUAUAUACCCUUCAAGGUACUACCAAGAAGUUUUAGAACUUUAGAACCAAUCAAACCAAAUCCAACAUAACCCUCAAAAAAAGUUUCUUCCUUUAGGUCACUCACCAAUGGCAACAUGGUUUUUAUCAGAAUGUGGCUUUAGGCCACUUCCACCAUUGUACCCUCAACCAAGAAAAUUUCCCAUUUCAUGUCAAAAAGUUCCAAAGUUUAAAUUUUUGAACAAAACAACCAAAAGGGUAUCUUUAGAUCUAAGUUUUAGACCAAGAAAAUGGGAAUUGAAAGUGAGUGCUCCUUUAAGGGUUAGCACUGAAGAAGAAGAGGGUAAUGGUGCACCAGGAUUUGACCCUGGUGCACCACCACCUUUUACAUUGGCUGAUAUAAGGGCAGCUAUACCUAAACAUUGUUGGGUGAAGGAUCCAUGGAAGUCUAUGAGUUAUGUAGUUAGGGAUGUUGUUGUUGUUUUUGGGUUGGCUGUUGUUGCUGCUUAUGUUAAUAAUUUGUUUGUUUGGCCUCUUUAUUGGGCUGCUCAAGGGACUAUGUUUUGGGCUCUCUUUGUUCUUGGUCAUGAUUGUGGCCAUGGAAGCUUUUCAAACAAUCCCAAGUUGAAUAGUGUUGCAGGGCAUUUGCUGCAUUCUUCAAUUCUAGUACCUUAUCAUGGAUGGAGAAUUAGUCAUAGAACUCACCAUCAAAAUCAUGGACAUGUUGAAAAUGAUGAAUCAUGGCACCCUUUGCCUGAGAAAAUCUUCAAGAGCUUGGACAAUGCAACAAGAAUUUUAAGAUUUACAAUACCUUUUCCAAUGCUUGCAUAUCCUAUCUACCUUUGGAAUAGGAGUCCUGGAAAGAGUCACUUUCAUCCAAAUAGUGACUUGUUUGUCCCUAAUGAAAGAAAAGAUGUUAUUACCUCAACAAUCUGUUGGACAGCUAUGGUUGCUUUGCUUGUUGGUUUAGGAUUUGUAAUGGGUCCACUUCAAUUGCUCAAGCUUUAUGGCAUUCCUUAUAUGCUUUUUGUCAUGUGGUUGGAUUUGGUGACUUAUUUGCACCAUCAUGGUCACGAAGACAAAUUACCAUGGUAUCGUGGACAGGAAUGGAGUUACCUUAGGGGUGGACUUACAACACUUGAUCGUGACUAUGGAUGGAUAAAUAAUAUUCAUCAUGAUAUUGGAACACAUGUUAUUCAUCACUUAUUUCCUCAAAUCCCACACUACCACUUAAUAGAAGCUACUGAGGCAGCUAAGCCAGUUCUUGGAAGAUAUUACAAGGAGCCAAAGAAAUCAACCCCUUUACCAUUUCACCUAAUUGGAGAUUUGAUAAAAAGCAUGAAGAAAGACCAUUUUGUCAGUGAUACUGGUGAUGUUGUGUACUACCAAACAGAUCCUAAGCUUAGUGGCUCUUCUACAUCAAAUUAAAUAUUUUGAUAUUUUUUAUUUAUCUUAUAACACAAGAAAAAGGCCACAUAAUUACAAUACAUGGCAUGACACAAUUUCAUAAACUUUGAAAAUUGUGUCUGAGCUUGAACUUUGAUUAAGUCUUAUAUUUCACUUGAAAUGAAAUAUAAACAAAAAAGGUAUUCGAAGUAGUUGGUUUAUCUUUGGUCUAAAAUAAAAUUUAGACUUAGAUAAACUAUAUUUCAAAUACAAUUUUUGCUUAUAUUUUAUUCUGGAAAGAGUAUCUAUUAAGAAUGAAAUAUUUCAUAAGGGAAGAGAUGCUUGUGACAAAUUGGAUUUUAAUUUUAACAUUGAAGAUCAAGAUUUUAUGUAAAUUGUUUAUUCUUGAUGAAGUGGUGUCUUCAUUCGAUUAAUAAUGUAAUUUUCUCAACCUCAAAAAUUGAGUGAUUAUUAUUCACUUGAAAUUGAAGCAAGUGAUAUCAAUCUAUUGUAUUUGUGUCU